UCAUGCACCCACCUCUGCGCAUAUAUAUAAAAUAUAUAUACACGCCGAAUAAGUGAUCAACAUUACUGCAAUUAGAAUUGUCCUGAUUCCUCCAACUAUGAAUAUCUUUCACCUUUUGAUUUGAAUCUUUACUGGUAUUUUCAGUAGGACCAAGACUGCCCAUUGGUUUAUUUAGCACAUACCUGCGUUCGAACUCCUUAAAUAACAUCGAAUUAAAUCGCCAUUUUCCAUCCUAUAUGAAUCUUGACCGAUCCUCUCAAGUAGUCACAACAAGAACUCCACUUUGAUAUCUCUUGAUCAGCCUGCUAUUUCACCCUUCAUAUAAUGGACAGGAGGAUAUGCAAGUGGUGCGGCAUGAUUAUAGCAGCUCCCAUUGGAGCACAAACAAUUACCUGUCCAAGGUGCCAAUCUGUUACACAACUUCAACCUCCAAGAAACAACAGCUUUGCUAAUUUCCCCACUCCCAAUAACAAUAUGAGACCAGAAUUUCCAGCUUUUCCUGCUAGGCCAGGAAGGAUGAGUCCAAAUCCUAAUAAUUUCCCUACUGCCAAUAACAAUAUGAACCCAGAAUUUCCAGCUUAUCCUGCCAGGCCAGGAAGGAUGAAUCCAAAUGCCAAUAGUAGUAAUUUCCCCACUGCCGAUAACAAUAUGAGCCCAGGAUCUCCAGCUUAUCCUGCAAGGCCAGGAAGAAUAAAUCCAAAUGGUAAUAGAAAUAAUUUCCCCAUUGCCAAUGACAAUAUGAGUCCAGGAUUUCCAGCUUAUCCUGCAAGGCCAAGAAGGAUGAGUCCAAAUACUAGCAAUAUCCAGCCUCAACAAUUCAACAUUAUGUCACCACAGAUUAAUAAUAUCCGAGCUCCUACAGUCCAUGGACGAAAACGAGCAGUUCUGUGCGGAAUUAAUUACCGUGGCCAUCCGAAGAGUCUGAAGGGAAGCAUUAAUGAUGUCUUAUCCAUGAGAUAUUUUCUGGUCAACAAGUUGGGAUUCCCAAAUGCAUCAGUAAUUUCCCUUACAGAGGAUGAGAAAGAUCCAUACAAAUACCCAACCAAGGCCAAUAUCAGAUCAGCUUUACGUUGGCUUGUUCAUGGUUGUCGGCCAGGAGAUUCACUAGUGUUCCACUACUCUGGCCAUGGGGCACGAGUACUAGACCGCGAUGGUGAUGAGAUUGAUGGGCAUGAUGAAUCAUUGUGCCCUGUCGAUUAUGAGACAGAAGGAAGAAUACUAGAUGAUGAGAUCAAUAGUACCAUUGUAAGGCCUUUACCACGUGGAGCCACACUUCAUGGCAUAAUUGAUGCAUGCUUUAGUGGAACUUCCCUAGAUUUGCCCUUCGUCUGCAGAAUAAACCGGGCAGGAUACUUCAAGUGGGAAGACCAUCGGAUCAGCUCAUACAAAGGUACCAGAGGGGGCACAGCAAUCUCUAUCAGUGCCUGUGACGACCAUCAAAGUUCUGGAGAUACAACGGCAUUCGCAGGCGUUCCAAUGGGUGCACUGACUUAUAGUUUCAUCCAAACGUUGGAGCAAGAAACUAAAUUGAGUUACGGACGCUUAAUUAUGCGUAUGCACAAUAAGAUUGAUGAAGCACAGAAAAGACUAGGCCUUAAUGGUGCUAAUGAAACUCAGGAGCCUCAACUAUCCUCGUCUGAGCCGUUUGAUAUUCACUCGAAGCUGGUGGCUAUCUAGGAACUUAAAGUAUCCAACUCCAGUCUGAGUACAACUCCCCUAGCAUAAUCUCGUUGUACUAACAAAUUUCAACACACCUUUUUACCAUGACGUGUAGAUUUACUUGUAGUAUUGUUCUGGUCUGAAUCUUGAUCGUGUUUUUACCUUAUGUAAACUUUACCAUAUUAACACUAAACAAACUUCCAGAUGGAAAUUUACUCUCAACAGCUUGUCUACAGCUACAUGUCACAUCCUUUAUGUCGUGAAUUUGCAGCAGAGCUUGCCAUUUUGAAAAGGGUGUGGAAGAUAAUUGGAAAUUUAAAGGAACACUUUUACAUGAAGGGUAGAAAUCACCACAUUCCUGCUACAUCAUACAUAUAGUCUUUAGUUUCUAAAAGAUUAAAUAUGCACUAACCCGUUAAUAGAUUUUACACAAGAUCUCAGGGUCGUCUGAUUUAUAUAGGUAUACAAGUAUACAAUAGUUUAGUUGUUAUCCUAUAAAGAAUUUUCGACAGAACUUAGUUAUUAAGGGAUGUUUCUAUAUUGAUAUAUCACAAAACGAAGUGAGCACCAGAAUAAUAAAACUUCGAUACGUUAGGAAAAUAGAAGAGAAGUCAAUGUAAUCUGCAGGAAAGAACAUUUGAGGCCUAAAAUUAAGUAAAACUAGUCUGCUCA